CCUCAGGGCACUGAUGAUCAGUGCCCUGAUGAUCGGUGCCCAGCAGUGCCACCCACCAGUUUUGCCCACCUGUGCCCAGCAGUGCUGCCCACCUGUGCCCAGCAGUGCUGCCCAUCAAUGCCACCCACCUGUGUCACCCACCUGUGCCCAGCAGUGCCACCCACCUCUGCCCAGCAGUGCCACCCACCUCUGCCCAGAAGUUUUGCCAGUCAGUGCCCAGCAGUUGUGCCACCAGUCAGUGCCGCCUAUCAGUGCUUACUAUCAGUACCCAUCAUCAGUGCCGCCUAUCAGUUCCACCUAUCAGUGCCGCCUAUCCGUGCCACCUCAUUAGUGCUGCCUAUCAGUG